AUGGAAGAUAGUAUCAAUGAAUGGUGGAAGCAACUUACCAGAGUUUCAAAGACUCACAUUAGUUAAUAUCAAGAACCAAUGGCCAUGCUUAACUAUCUUAUUCAAGAGUUGGAAAAAUUCAAAGAUUAUAUGCCUAUGAUCUCAGCUCUUAGGUCAAAAGGCCUAGAAAAGAGACAUUGGGUAAUGCUCUCUAAAUAGCUUGGCUUCGAUGUUGAGCCUCAAAACCUUACUUUACAAAAACUGAUUGACAGAAAGAUGUAUGAGGGCACUAAACUUGACAUUAUUAAGGGAGUGAGCGAGAUAGCAAUUAAAGAAUACGCCAUUAAGACAACCUUAGAUGCCUUAGAUCACGAACUAAGAAUUCUUGAAUUCUAGCCCAUUAAGUACAAAGAGACAAAUACUUGCAUUAUUAAAGGCAUAGAUGACUUAAUCACUGCAUUCGAAGAGUCAUCCAUUAAAAUUUUAGCUUUAAAAUCAAACCAAUACGCUAAGCAUUUCAUUGAUAAGAUAAUGAGAGUCGAAAAAGAAUUGAAAAUUAUUGUGGAUGUCUUAGAUGAAUGGGUCAAGGCACAGAAAAGUUGGAUUUAUCUUGAACCAAUUUUCCAAUAGUAGGACAUUGCUAAGCAAAUGAUGAAUGAAUCUUAGAAAUUCUAAUCACUUGACGCUUUCUACAAAAGAGAAAUAUCGAACAUUAAUAUUGACCCAGGUGUUCAGAGAUAUUGCAGAAAAGAUGGACUUAUCACUUAGCUUUAGUAUGUCAACAAAGAAUUCGAGAAUAUAACUAAAGGUCUUUCAGUUUAUUUGGAAUCAAAGAGAGAGUACUUUGCAAGAUUCUACUUCUUGUCAAACGAAGAAAUCAUCGAAAUUCUAGGCUAGAUGAGGGAGCCUAGAAACGUUCAAAAGUUUCUUAAUAAAAUCUUUGAGGGCAUAGAUUACUUAGGAUUCCUGCCUAAUGGAGAAAUAAGUGGCAUUUAUAGUAAAGAAGAAGAAUAUAUUGCGCUUAGGAAUAAUAUUGAAGCAACAGAAAGUGCAGAAAACUGGUUGAAGACUCUUGAGUAUGAAAUGAAGGAGUCAGUAAAGUAUGUUAUUCAUCAAUCAGUGGUUGACGUUAGAAUGAGAGACUUUGAGAGUUGGGUAAAAUCUUGGUAAGGGCAAGUUGUCGUUGUUGUCAUGAAUAUCAUUUUGACUGAGACUCUUACUGACAUAUUCAACAAUUAAGAACCUCACAGACUAAAAGAUGUUCUAAAGCAAAUUCUAUUUGAAAUAGAGACUUUGACUAAAAUGAUCAGAACAAAACUAGAUUACAACACUAGGACAACAAUUUCAAGUCUGCUAACAAAUAGAGUGCAUGCAAGAGACACUCUAAAGUAAAUGAUAGAUUCAGAUAUCAGAUAUUCAACUGACUUCCUCUGGAAUGUAAUUAUGAAGUAUGAAUAUCAACUUUAAGUCAAUAAGCCCCUAGGCAUGACCAGUAGCAGUAGAAUGGAUUUCAAGCAAAAUACUACAAUAAAUCUUGAUAGGCUUGGGAACGUACAACCAAGUGAAUAAUCUAAUUCGUAACUAAGGCAUUAAGAUAGUAUGAAGAGCAAGACAAGUGAUAAAUCAUAAAAAUCACUAAAGUCAUCAAAAUCGUCAAUCAGCAAGCAAAGUUAUAGAUCAAAAGCUACUAUUAGUCCGUCAAAGUAAACUUUACAAAAGCCAUCUGCUUUGGACAUGUUCAAACUCUAAGAUAGGGAACAGGAGCUUUCUUCAUUUAAGAACCAAGAAGUUUACACUCUUCAUGUGAGUAUGAUCGAUGCCAGAAGACCAUAUGGGUAUGAGUAUCUAGGAAACACUUAGAGAAUUGUAAUAACGCCAUUGACUGAUAGAUGCUACAGAUCUCUCUUUAUGGCUCUACAUUACAAUUAUGGUGGAUCGCCAGAAGGACCAGUCGGCACAGGAAAGACUGAAACAACCAAGGAUCUUUCAAAAUGUUUAGCAAAGCAAUGUUUUGUGUUUAACUGUUCAAGCUCACUGAACUAUAUCGCCAUGACUAAAUUUUUCAAAGGAUUGGCAACAAGUGGAGCUUGGAGUUGCUUUGAUGAAUUCAACAGAAUCGACUUAUCAGUUUUAUCAGUGAUAUCUCAAAUCAUCAUUAUAAUCUAAGGUGCUAUUAGGGAAAAUAGGACUGAGCUUGUAUUUGAGGAGACUCCAAUUUAAUUCAACAAGGAUUGUGCCAUAUUCAUCACAAUGAAUCCUCAAUAUAUUGGAAGAACUGAACUGCCAGAUAAUCUGAAGUCACUAUUCAGACCAGUUGCAAUGAUUGUGCCUGACUCAGUAUUGAUUUCUGAGAUUUUGCUUUAUGGCUUUGGAUUCUUGCAAGCCAAAUCAUUGGCUAGAAAGAUAGUGAGAGCAUUUAACCUCGCUAAGUAAUAGUUAAGCAACCAAAUCCAUUAUGACUUUGGACUUAGAAGUAUCAAGAUUGUCCUUCAAAUAGCAGGGCUUAUGAAACUGAAAGCCUCAGGAGUGAUUGAGCCUGACUUUAAGAUAAAGGAAGGAAAGAAAAAUAAGAAGAAGGAUAUUUCGGAUGACGGAGACAUAAGCACGUUGAAUAGAAAGAAUGACUCCACAAUUACAAUUGACAACAAGAAAAAGGCAAAAAAGAAGAAAAAGAAGAGUAUUAAGCAAGCCAACCCUUAGAAAUAAGCUAAAAAUAAUUAGAUCAACAAGACUCUUAUGAAAAAGAUUACUAUGAUAAAUAAAAAGUUAUCUGAGUCUAGCUUGGAAACAACUCAUGCAGCACAAUUUGAGAGGAAACUAUCAGCUUAAAGUGAUGAACUCAGUAAUAACUAUAAUCAUAGAUUUUUCAAAAGAGAAAAGCCUGCACUAAAGAAAACAGGCCCAAUUAUAAGCAGUGACAAUGAUGAUGAAGAUUCCCUUGCUUUUGACUCCUCAGACAACGAAGAAGAUAAAGGUAGAGACUCGUUGUAUUUGGAUUUCUAAAUCCUAUAUACCAGGAAUCAAAAGAGCUGCCAAAAGUAUUCGAAUGAGAGAAAGAAGCUCAUUCGAGGUAAUGUUGAGAAGAUGAUGCUCAAGAGACUUGAAUUUAUCGCUGAGCAUAAGGACGAGGCUAAGCAGACUAGAAAACUCAUGAAAAUACUAGGAAUUGAUGAAGAGUAGGCUAUUGAGGAUGAAGAGAAAAUAGAAGAGUUCAUAGUUCUCAGAGCCAUAAAUGAUACUAAUGUGCCUAAACUUCACCAAACUGAUACUAUCAUUUUCAGAGGAAUCACCGAUGAUAUAUUCCCAAAGACGCUUCAGUCCUAAGUCAAGUACGGAUCACUUAAGAACCUGGUGGAACAAGUACUUAACCAGAAGAGCUUCCAAGUGACUGGGGAGAUAGUGCAGAGAAUCUUGCAUCUUUACGAUAGUGUAAUGGUGAGACACGGAGUAAUGAUAGUCGGAUCUACAAUGACUGGCAAAACCACUGGAAUCUAAGCUUUGCAAGACACACUAAAUAAGUCAAGGGAUAAUGAGUUAGAUGAAAGGAUUCAGCAGUACAAGCUAAAAAAGGCAAAGAGAUUAGGUAUCGCUAACUAAGAGUCAUCAUUUGACGAAAUUGAGCUGGAAAAGAAGACAAGCAUUGAUCUCACAGCAGAAGAAAUCAAGAUGCUCAAAGCUCAGUGUAGAAAUAAAGGAGUAGUAACGUAUACAAUCAAUCCAAAAAGCAUCAAUAUGGGACAGCUGAUGGGCACCUAUGAUGAAGUAAGUCAUGACUGGAACGACGGUAUAAUGGCUAAUGUUAUGAGAAACUGCUCUACUGAUAUCAGUGAAAGAAGAAAGUGGAUAACAUUCGAUGGCCCUAUAGAUCCAGUUUGGGUUGAAAAUCUAAAUUCAGUAAUGGAUGAUAACAAAAAGCUAACUCUGAGCACAGGAGAAACAAUCAAGAUGACUGGACUUAUGACUAUAAUCAUUGAGGCUGAAGAUUUGACUAACUGCACUCCAGCAACAAUAUCAAGAUGUGCGAUGAUCUACAUGAAAGACGAAAUAAUUCCUUUGAAAGCAAUCAUCAACAAAUGGAUAAAGUCUUUGCCCAGCUUCCUUGAGGAAUGCUGUCCUGAAAUAGACUAACUCUGCAAUUACUUCAUCCCUGACAUUUUAGAAAACUUCAUUCAUCAGACUAAUCUGAUUUACCCAGUGUCACAGAAAUGGGCAAUAAAGAAUUUCUGCAGAUACAUGGACUCGCUCAUAAAUGAUUACAGAAGUGAUAAGUUUAACUCCAAUAAUGCUGCUGCCUUUACUAUAUUCAAUGAGACUUAGAAUGAAGAGACUGCAGUUCAAAUGACUAACAAGAUGACUAAUGUGUUAGGCAAAAGAUCCUAUCAUGUUCAAUAUGCAGAUGUAGAGACUAGAUUCUAGAAUGCAUUGAGGAAUAAAAACAUGUGGAUUCAAAGUUUCUUCUUAUUCAGUUUAGUGUGGUCAUUUGGGUCUAUUCUUAAGAUCAACUUAAGAAAAGAGUUUGACAGAUAAAUAAGAGGGAAAAUACUUUGCAACACCGAAGAGAUCUCUACUAUUGCUUAGCUUAAAAGUAAAAUGGUAAAGAAGUAAGGACCUGGAGGACUGGGCAAGAGUAAAAACGAACCUAUCAAUUCUUAUGAGCCCACUGGCGACUUUAAAGAGCCAGAAAAGCCACCCUACUUCUUAUGUGCAUUGCCGCAGAGUUAUAGCUUGUUUGAAAUAUUCUUUGAUCUGGAAACUAAUUCUUGGACUCAUUGGGACUAGUUAAAGAACUCAAUGAAAGGUUUUGGAGAUGAAGAUAGCAAGUUCAAGAAGAAGGGCUCAUUCUUUAACAAGUUCAUUCCAACUAUUGAAACAAUAAGGUUGGGUUACAUAAUAGAAGCAAACAUCAUUUGCAAAAAUAAUCUACUUCUCAUUGGCCCAACUGGAUCUGGUAAAUCUUGGCUGACAAGAGAAGUGAUUUUCAAGUAACUUCCAAAUAUUUCUCCCAAGUACAAAUGCUCAUCAAUUGUAUUCUCAAACAACUCUAAUGCAGAGAAGACAUAGCACUUCAUAGAUUCAAGACUAGAGAGGAGAAGAAAAGGUGUUUACGGACCUCCAUUCACACAUAGAUAUGUCUUCUUCAUCGAUGAUUUAAUGAUGCCUUUCAAGGACGAUUAUGGAAUUCAAUCUGCCAAUGAGCUUCUUCGUUAAUGGUUUGAUUUCUAAGGCUGGUACGAUCACAAAUCUCUUGAUUUCAAGAGAAUAGAGGACAUAUAGUUCUUAUCUUGUGUCACUGUUUAUGAAUCUCACAAGAAUGCAAUUGCCAUGAGAAACGAAUGGCAUUGGUCUUACCUUGGAACUGUAAAUAUGGACGAGAGACAUUAUGUCUCCCUGUUCAGCUAAAUUUUAGAUAACUUCACAGUAAACUGGCCAUAGCCCAUUUAAGGAGUCCCAAUAACUUCAGUAAUUAAAGCAACCUUAGAUCUAUAUGCAUACUUUGAAAGGCAUGUAAAACCAACUCCAUCCAAGUUCCUAUACAUAUUCAACACAAGACAUAUGUUCAAAAUAAUCUAUGGAAUGGCUGAAGUAGAACCAGUUUAUCUCAAAUCAGAAUUUGAAUUAGCUAAACUAUGGAUCCACGAAUCUUGGAGAACAUUAUGCGAUAGAAUUUCAGAUUACGGAGAUAAGAAGAUACUAUUUGGAAAGUUCAAUGAGGUAGCAAGAAAGCACUUCAAACUAGGAAAGAAUAAGCUUUCUAAGAAAAUCGGAUAUCCAUUCUUCUGUUCUUUCAACAAAGGCAAAGACGGAAUGUAUGUAGAAGUAGAAGAUAUGAAAGAGACUACUUAGAACUUGAGAAAGUAUUUGCAGGAGUAUAAUGAAAUCCAUAAGAGAUCUAAGAUCAAUGUAGUACUUUUCGAAUUUCUUGUGGAAUUUCUUAUCAAGAUUCAUAGACUUAUCAAGCAGCCAUUCUCACAUGGUAUAUUAAUUGGUAUUGAAGGGUCUGGAAAGCAUCAACUUUCACAGAUGGCCUGCUUUUUGGCUAAUUUCCAACUUUACGAAAUCAGAUUAGAGGCAAAUUAUACAACAGAUGACUGGCAAUAAGAUUUAAAGAAUAUGCUCUAACUAGCAGGAGUUGAUCAUAAGGAGGUUGUAUUCCACUUAAAGCAUAAUGAGAUUAUCAAAGAAGAUUUCCUUGAUGACAUCAAUACAUUGAUGAAUAACGGAGAGAUAUAAGGUCUGUUCACGAAAGAAGAGUAUGAGAACAUUAUAUCUUAGACCAAUAUGAGAGCAGCUGGAUCUAUAAAUAGUGACAAGAAUAAUACUGCCAACAACUAGAUUAUCUUAGCUGAAUUUUCGUAGAAGUGUAGAGAAAACUUGAAAAUCCUCUUGAACUUCACUCCUACUGGUGCAAAUCUUCGAUCUAGAAUCAGAAAUUACAAGUCAAUAGUAAACUGCUCAACUAUUGUGUGGAUGGAUUCAUGGCCAACAGAAGGGUAUAAAGAAGUUGCGGAGACUCUACUGAAGGAAGAGGAUGUAGUUAAUAGAGAUGUUAUUCUUGAAAUAGCCAUCAGCAUUCACAUGGAGACCAUUAAUAUGGCCAAGAAUUAUUUUGCAGAAACAUAGCACUAUCUCUAUAUCACACCACACUCAUUCACAGACUUUAUUAAUACUUAUAAGGAGCUUUUUGAAUAAAAGAGAAAUAAUCUAAAGGAACUACAGGAAAGAUAUGAAACAGGUCUUGAAAGACUAAAGAAUACCUAGGACUCCGUUGAGAAAUUCUAAGAGCAAUUAGAGAAUAAUUCACCCAUGCUAAUUGAAAAGCAAAUUGAAAUGGAGAAAAUACUUGAAGUCCUAAAAGAUUAGCAUAUAAAGGUUGGAAAAAGAAAAGACAUUCUAAUGAGGGAAGAGGCAGAGCUGAACUAACAAAAGGAGAAAGCAGAACAGAUUAAGAAUGAUUGCGAGGCCAAUCUAGCAAAGGCAACACCUGAGUUGUUCUCAGCCAUUGCAGCACUAUAGAACUUGUCUAAGGUUGAGAUAAAUGAGCUCAAAACUCUGAAAAAUCCACCUAAUGCAGUCAAGUUACUGAUGGAGGCAGUAUGCAUACUUCUAAAGGUAGAACCAAUUAAGUUCAAGUCUAAGGAUGGUCUUGGCUAUAAUAAAGACUACUGGGCAGCUGCAACAAGCAAGCAUGUUCUUGGAAAUCCUAAAUUACAAGAGUACCUCAUUCAAUUUGAUCACACUAAUUUGGAUUCUGAUUCAAUGGGAUAAUUGGAGGAACUCACUGAGAAUCCAGAAUUUGUUUUUGAAAAUGUAGCCAGAGCAUGCAAAGCAGCAAGAGGUUUAUUCAUGUGGAUUUAAGCACUCAAGAAUUACUAUUAUAUUUAUCAAGAAACUUAACCUAAGAGAGAUGCACUAUUCUAUGCAGAAAAAUAAAAGGCUGAAAAAGAGGAGCAAAUAAAAGUCAAAAUGAUAGAAUUCAAAGAACUAGAAACCAAUUUGGAUAAAUUAAAAUAUGAGCAUCAGAUAAAAGAAUAAGAGACUAGAAUACUUUAAAAGUAAAUAGAUGAGUGCUCAUUGAAGAAGGAAAGAGCUACGAAAUUAUUAAAUGGAUUAGGUGGUGAAAAGCAGAAGUGGUUAGUUUGCAAUAGAAUGAUUGCUAAAAAAUUCCUAACCAUUCAAGGAGAUGUUCUUCUUGGUGCAGCAUUCAUCACUUAUUUAAGCGCGUUUACCUAGAAAUAUAGAGAACAAAGUGUUGAGAAAUGGGAGUCAAUGAUAAAGAAUUAUGGAAUCAGAAUUUCAGAUGACUUCAAUUUCAAUAAAGUAUUUGGAGAUUAAAUCAAGAUAAAAGAGUGGAAUUUUAAUGGACUCCCAAGUGACUCAUUCUCUAUCAGCAAUGCUAUUAUUCUGGAGAAAUGUUAGAAGCAAUGCAUUUGUAUUGAUCCUUAGUAUUAAGCUAGCAAAUGGAUCAAAAUUUAAGAGAUGGGCACUAAGCAAACAGGAGGAAAUGAACUUAAGGUCUUGAAUUUCAGUGAUGUAAACUUUGUACAAUCCUUUGAAUUCGCAAUGAAAUUUGGAAAGAAAGUCUUGAUAGAAAAUGUUGGUCAAAAGAUUGAUUUGGUACUUUACCCUAUACUAAAAAGAGAUUUUGUUCAAGAAGGAGGGUUUAACACUGUGAAUUUAUUCGGUCAUAUGGUGGAUAUAGAUAAGAAUUUCAAGCUUUUUAUUACUUCAGAAAUGAGAAACCCUCAUUUUGGACCUGACAUUAGUGUCAUCACAAAUUUCGUCAAUUUCUACGUUACUCUUGAAGGCUUAGAGGAAUAAAUGCUAAGCAUAGUGAUAUCAAAUCAGAAGAGUGAACUUGAGGAAGAAACUAUAAAAAUGAAGAAAGAGGCUUUGGAAUAUAUUAGAAUACUCAAGAAUCUUGAAAAUGACAUACUUCAUUGCCUUCAUAAUGAUAUUGAAUAAAUUCUAUCGGAUGAACAUCUAAUUGAAACUCUGAAUCAUUCCAAAAAGACUGGACGAUAGAUAGCAGAAAAUCUUUAAAAGGUGAAUAAGGCAUCAAACAAAAUACUUAAAUCUAGAGGCAUAUACACACCUGCAGCUUACAGAGCAGCUCUACUUUAUUUCUUGGUUAGUGAUUUGUCCAAGAUUGAAGUUAUGUAUUAAUACUCUCUAAAAUGGUAUAUCGAUAUUUUUACAGAAGAAGUAAAACAAAAGAAGCAUACAGAUCAAGACCCUCUACUUGAUAUCAUUAGAAACUUUACUUAUACUCUCUAUAGAAAUGUUUGCCAAUCAAUAUUUGAAAAGGAUAAACUUCUAUUUACAUUCCUAUUAGCAUUCAGAAUACUUGAGGGUGAAAAUUGUUUGAAUAUGAGAUUGUUUGAAUUCUUCAUCAAAGGCCCACAAAUUAAAGGCUAUGACCAUUAAGAAGUAGCUUAAUAGAAUAAAUCUCAAUCAUAACUUGAUAAAGAUGAGCAAAGUUAAUCAGGAGAUGAUGACGAAGAUGAAGAAGAACAGUACAAAAGAGAAGAAGAAAAAUAGAGAAAGGUGAAAUGUCCUUGGAUAACAGAGCAGCAAUGGCUUGCUUUAGAAAAAUUAGCUAAGAUUCCACCUUUCCAUAGACCUGGAAUAGUGGACCAUAUUCUUAAUAACUCAGAUUAAUGGCAUCAGUAUAUAUUUGCAAAGGAAACUGAUAAUAUCUAAAUGCCAGGCACAUAUGCUGAUUAUGAUUUUGAGAGAGAUCUAAAAAUGCAAAAGAAUAUGAAAGCUCCUGAAGAAACGAAUUUCUAGAAAGACAAUAGCAAGAAAAUUUAAUAGAAAAAAGCUGGUCUUAGAGAAAUUAAAGAAGUUGACGAAGAGGAUGAGAAAAUAGAUGAUAAAAUUUGGGGGUUAGACGAAGAUGAGGGUCAUGAUGAUAACAAGCAUCCAGAUUAUGAAUCAGAAGAAGGGUUAGCUGGUGAUGAUAAGAAUUUCUAGGAUGACAGAGAAACCAUUGCUGAUUCACUUGUGCUUGGAGUUGGUGAAUAUCAUGAAUUUAGACUUGGAAGUGUGAGAUUUGAAAAAGAAAUGCUAACAAAGAAAUCAUAGGUACUAAAGGAUUUGCUAAGAUUUUGUAUCAUAAGGAUAUUUAGACCUGAAAGAAUAGUAAGAGAAGUUUAAAGAUUUUUGGGAUCAGUCCUUGACCCAAGAUUCAUGGAACCUCCAGUUUUCAAUCUCGCAACAUUAUACAAGGAAACAAAUUGCUACAGUCCGAUAUUAUUCAUUCUUAGUCCAACAAUAAACACCCUAAAUGAACUUCAAAUUUUAAAGUACCAAAUUCAAUCAGAAUAAAUUAAGAUUGAAUACAUGCCACUUGGAAGUAAUAUCAAUGACAAAGUUCAGCAACUUAUUUUGAGAUCUGCUGUUUAAGGGAAUUGGCUACUACUUGAAAAUCUGCAUCUUGUUACAGAUUGGAUACCGACUCUUGAAAAAUUCAUUCAUACGAUGUACAAAGAAGAUCGUAAAGAAAACCUAAAUGAAGCAGAUUAAAGUGAUUCUGAGGUAGAUACUCAAAGACCUGGAGAUCCAAGUAUUCCGAACGUUUAAUCAUCAACAACUCAGAAUCAAAAUAUAAAUUUGUUCCCUGAAUUAAAAGGAUGCAGAAUAAGCUCUAAGUUCAGAUUAUGGUUGUCUAGCAUGCCGGUCGAUUAUUUCCCAGUAAGCUUUUUGUAAUAAUGCACUAAAAUCACACUUCAACCAGCCUAGGGUAUAAGACAAAAUGCUUUAAAGAUAUUGAAUUCAAUAAGUCAUGAAUUUUUACAAAAGUGCCCAAGAAGACAAGGUGAAUUUAGAAGACUAUUCUUCGCAUUAUGUAUAUAUCAUUCAGUUGUAAGCGAAAGGCUGAGAUAUGGACCUAUCGGAUGGAGUCAACCUUAUUAUUUCUCAGAAAAUGAUUUCUUAAUAAGUAGCAUUUAGCUUCAAGCUUUGGUUGGGAAAAUUCAAACAAGAAAGACCCCUCUGCCAUUGGAACUCAUUAGAUAUCUUGUUGGGACAUUAAACUAUGGUGGAAGAAUCAUCAAGAAAUAAGACGAAAUAACGCUAAAUGCUAUUCUAUAAACAUUUAUAUCAGAGAAGACUACAACCGAACCAAUGUACAAGCUUACAGGCUCUCAAGAUUCUGGAAUUUACUUUAUCCCUGGAGAUGGUGACUUAGGCUUUUAUAAAAUUCACAUAACGAAAUUCCCAAUCUAGGAUAGGCCAGAGAUUUUUGGGCUUCAUGAGAAUGCUACUCUCAUGAGAACAACAAACGAAGGUAAGAAUCUCUUAGAACGAAUGUUUGAAUUUGAAUUCGCGAGCAAAGAAAUUAUAAAAGCAACAAACAUGCUUGAUUAGAAUGAAGAUGAUAACCUUUAGAAGUAUUCAAGCAUUAAAAAGAGAAUUUAAGUGAUAAUUGAAGAUUUACCUGAGCUUUUGGAUGAAGAGUUAUGCAAAACAAAGUAUCCAAUUUCAUAUGAUCAUUGCAUCAACACAUUGAUUACUAAAGAGAUUUAAAGAUAUAAUAUGCUUUUGCAAGUUAUUUAUGUCAGUUUAAAGAAUACUCUGAAGGCUCUUGAAGGUGUUAUUCAUAUUAAUAAUGUACUUGAGGAAAUAUAUAGAGCCUUGACCUAUGAAUAUGUACCCAGAACAUGGUAUAAAUACAGCUACCCAUGCUUCAAAUCACUUCAGCAGUUUUUGGCUAAUCUUAAGGAGAGAAUAGGAUUUAUUAGAGAUUGGUUAACAAACACUCAUCCAGUCAGCUAUUGGCUACCUGGAUUCUUUGACCAACAGAGUUUCUUUACGAUGCUUUUGUAAUAGAAAGCUAGAAAUGAGAAGAUAUCGAUUGAUCUACUAAGUAUUGAGUAUAAAGUAAUGAGGAGAUCCUUAAGCGACAAAGGGCAAAUAGUGGAGAAGCCUACUGAUGGGUGCUAUAUUUAUGGCCUUUGGAUUGAAGGAGCUAAUUGGAGCGAUGAGCAUAAUCAACUUAUUGAUUGUGAAAGUAGAUAGCUAUAUUAAGAGAUGCCUUACUUCCAUCUCAAAGUUAUUAAGACUGUAGAUUUUGAGAAAUCUUACUCAUCAGAACAGUACUAUUCAGCUCCUCUCUAUUUAGUGGCAUUGAGAGAAAGAUUAGACAGUGAGUUCAGUUAAGGCCUAGUAACCAAUAUUCCUCUUCCUAUCGGGCCUAACUCCUAUCCAGGAUUUUGGAUUAAGAGAGGAACUGCUCUACUUUGCCAGAAAGAAGAAUGA